AUGGAUUCCACCACGGCUUCGAAUGAAGCCACCACUUCCAGCUUCGUUAGCGUGAUCGAAACUGAGGUCGCCGUCACCUACGUUACCGAGAGGAUUGUCGGCCAGUAUCCAUCGGUUCCGAACGGGCCUUGCAUGAUUAUCCGUUCAGUAGGCGUCACCGUCGGUCAGUGGUAUAUCGAUCCGACCAAUGCGUCACAUCACUGGCAGUUGUUCGGCUACUGGGUUGGCGAUCAAUCACAGCCGGCAUGA